CACCGUCGUACCACCGCAAGUGCAAAGUAGCUCAUACGUACAUCCAUCGGCGCCAGACUACUGAUAGAUUCAGCUCCCUCCACCGACCACCAGACCCAGAUCGAUGGCUUCUUCUUCCGUGCUGCUCGGAGGAGGCGCGGGCGCCGCCGCCUUCACCGGCGCCGCUGCCGGCAAGGCUCUUCCCAGGCCGUGCUUCCUCGCCGCUCGCCCGCACACCGUCAGCGGGCGCCGCCUCUGCCUGCAAACCCCUCCUAGAGCGACUCCCGACGCCGUCGAGAAGGCGAAGGAGGCGGCGGGCGACGCGGCGGGCAAGGUCCAGGAUGCCACGGACAACGCCGUGGAGGGCGCCAAGAGCGCCGGCGAGAGCGUGGUGGACGCGGCCAAGGAUGGCGCGAGCAAGGUGAGCGAGACCGCGCAGGACCUCGGCGGGCAGGCCAAGCAGGCGGCGGAGGAAGCGUGGGACGCCACCAAGGACGCCGCGCAGAGCGUCGCCGACAACGUCGCCGCCGCGGUUGAGGAUGUGAGCAAAUGAGCUCAACAUUUGCCGUCUGAACAUUGAACCUGCAUGGUGUGCAUGCUAGUGUCUGUUUUGUGGGUCUCGUCAUUGACGAUGUAUGCUUUGUACUCCCUCCGUUUCUAAAUAUAAGAUCUUUUAGACAUUACAUUAUAGACUAGAUACGGAGUAAAAUAAGUGAAUCUACGUCCUAAAAUAUGAGUUCAUAGUGGAAUUUCUAAAAGGUCUUAUAUUUAGGAACGGA